GGCGAACAUUCUCGACACGUGCGCUCAAACAGUACAGCAGCUUGCGGAUCGGCGACCGCAGGCUAUUGUGUGUCACGAUCACUGAGAAGAUCGCCAGCUUGCUAGAGUUCACGGUUACACCCCACACCCUGUCUCCACCGCCGCUCAGCAUCGCUUCGGGACAGAGGUCCAUACCUCCACCUUGCGGCCUAAGGAGCGUGCCUUCCCUCACCCGACGAUAUCAACAACCCCAGUAUAACACCGCGCAAAGGAUAAGGCGUCACACGACCGGGUCAUAACACCCUUUGUCGUUCUUACGCUACUUUGAAGUACCAACCAUCUUCAGCCAACAGGCUACUAUUGGUCUACAUUACCACGACGACUUAUUAUGGCGGACGUGGAGAUGACCGAUGCCGCGGCGUCAGUGCCGAAGACGAAGAGCAGUAAGGCCAGUGCAAGUGCGGGCGGUGAAGUGGAUGGCAAAAAGAGGUUCGAAGUCAAGAAGUGGAACGCCGUCGCUCUAUGGGCUUGGGACAUCGUCGUCGACAACUGCGCCAUCUGUCGCAACCACAUCAUGGAUCUGUGCAUCGACUGCCAGGCCAACCAAGCCUCCGCCACAUCCGAGGAAUGCACCGUCGCGUGGGGCAUCUGCAACCACGCCUUCCACUUCCACUGCAUCUCGCGCUGGCUCAAGACCCGCCAAGUCUGCCCGCUCGAUAAUCGCGAUUGGGAGUUCCAGAAGUACGGUCGGUAG